UUUGCACCAUCCAUGAUGAUCAUAUGAUGACCACCUAAUAUUCAUUCACCGACUACUGUCACGAUACCCGAAACCAUGGGCAAGUGCGAGUCUAAGCCUGCGGCCCUACUACAUCAAAAAUUAUUUUUGAUACAACCGCGCACCGCAAGCUGCAAAUGAAGGCGCAGGAGAAAAACUGGACGGUCGUAUGCAAUGACCUGAUACUUACUCUUGGUUGGAAUAUCAGCAUAAGCAUUCGGACCGCACACAUUUUGUGUCUUCCGUUGGCUUGUAUCUUCUGUUUUGACGUGGUGGUGUUCCUCUAUUAUCCUUUCCUGUCCGCUCCCUUAUUCAACCUCUACGGUGAAUCGCGAAUGAUUGCGAGCGGAAUUACCUGGUUGACGUUUUGCUGCAGAAUACCACUGCGCUUGAUGUACAUUGUGGAUACCAUAAACGCUUGCGUGUGAGGGCGGCCGUCUUCAAAUAGUACUGUCUGCCCACUAAUAACGCAGUUUUGUGACCAG